AUGCCAGCUUCCCCUGCGCGGCCACCACCCGCGGUUCCAGACGACGAGAGAGCGCGGCUGCGCGAAUUCACUUUGUUCCCCACAGAAGACCCAUUUGCGCCGGAACCACCAACUUCACAUCAAGCCAUCGAUCCCACACGGCCAGCUGUACGUCGCGAAGAGGACUACUUCCAGGAUAGGCCCUUCUACGAACAUGAUCCCGACGCAAUAACACCACUCCCUACGAGCCCGCGUGGACCAAUACCCUCACCAUGGAAGAAGCCCGCGCUGCAAAUCGGUCCUGAUGUGCCAUCUCCUCCACACCCCCGGAACGUCACGGCUACUGCCGUCAAGCCGCAACCGACACGUCAGGCAUCGACAAGAAGUGUGGCCAGCAAUGCAACUUUCUCGACGCCUGGACGAGAUGAGAUGGAGCGCAAGAUGGGCCACGCGGACGAAGGUCCCUUUGGGACUGCGAAGGGGGUGCAGGAGCUUGCUGAGAGGCGAAGGCAGAUUAGUGGAGCCAAGAGCGUGAGCCAGAGGUUCGAGGCCGCGGGGAAGAGAGGAAAUAAGGAGGAUGAAGAGCGUGGAGGGUUGUGUAAAUGUGUGGCCAUGUGA